AUGUCUAGCUCGUCCAGAUCGACCUUGGACGAUCAAGAUAUCGAGUCGGUCCGCCAAAUCGCCAACCAAAUAGAUGCCGCGCUUGGCCUCGAUCAGCAGCCAACCCAUGCUUUUGCACCGGAGCAUCAAUUGAUUUCCCGUCUGCUUCAUGAUCGUCUCACUCGAUUACCACCGAGCCAAUGGCCUCUGCAUCGACUCCACGGGUAUCUCGACACGCUCUUUCACCCAGGUGCUGCUCUCGACCAGUAUCCACUUGCGCGUCCGCUCCCCACGGUGGCUGCCGCUGCUGCUCCACCCGCAGCCAAUGCGGAUCCGCGCACUCCUCCCCCUCCCGCCGAUGCCAUGCUCGCACCUCUUGAGGAAUCGCCGCGCGCUCAAAGGGCAAAUCGAUGUGCGGACGUGCUCGCUUCUAAAAUAGAUAUUUGGUCCAAGAUGCUCCAAACCCACACUCGCAUCGUCCAUUCCCGCGAGCAUGACGACGACGACGACGACGACGAUCUAGACUUGUUGAUAAGCUCUCUCAUCAAGCGUAUCUUGAAGAAACGUAAAGAGCUCGUCACUUACAUCCCCGAAUUCAGUUUUCUCGAGGAAACCGACAAAGAAGGUCUGGUUGCUUUGCUCACCACCGUCUAUGCACAGCUCGAAUCGCGCAUCUCGGUUUAUCAUGAACAAAAACAGUUCAACAACGCUCUUGCGCUCGUGCUUGUUCACCUCGCAGUAUCCUGGGCGUCCACCGCCGCCACAUCGUUCUCCACGAUGUCGGCAGAAAUCCUGUCGUUCAACAGGCACUUUGCUUCUCAGUUUGAUCGUCAGUAUCGCGGUCGCGCUCCCGCUCGCUUCAUCGAACUGAUCUCGAAACUCGAUCGAGAGCUGGAUAGCCUCGGUGCUGACGUCGCCAAGCCUUACUUUCGAGGCACUCCCAUUGUCCAGUCCAGCGGCACAGGCAAGACGCGCAUGGUGCUCGAAUGCCGACAUCUUACCCCUCUCCUCUAUGUCUGCUUUCGCUCUGCCGACCACGCGGAUGGCAAUGCCAAAGCUGGCUUUCCCUUCCCCGACAAGAAUGUUGUCCCCUUUUUCCGCAAGGCUCAAUCCACGCGUCCGUUGCUGUGUGACCUCCACGUCGCUUGCUUCCUCGGCGCCUGGUUCCUCGAGCUUGCACUAAAGCUCGAACUGCUUCCCACCGAUGCUCAAAAGCAUCAGGCACUUCUGCAUCUUCACCAUUUCGAUCCAAGUACGGGUCGCAACGACGAGCGCGACAAGCUCUUCAAAGACGUUACAGAACGCGCCGAAGUAAUGCUUGGACUCACUGAUCCGGUACGCACAGCCGCUGUGUCCGACGCCCAGAUCUUUGAGCGUCAUCUGCUCGGUCCCCUCCUCCGUCUCAACCAACAGGUCAAGGGCGUCUCUGAUCACAUACGCUCGCUCCUCCACCAUGGCGGCGAUGGUUCCACUGCUGCGCACGCAUCUCCCGUCAUCAUCGCUUUCGACGAAUGCGUCGAGAUGAAUGUCGGCGGAGAAAACAACGGCAUCAAUCCUCUCAACAGCCUCCGUCGCGCCUGGCACUGGAUCAGCGAUAUGACAGCCACACACAGGGUCUUGUCCUUCUGGCUCGUUCUUAUGAGCACCAGCAGUAGCGCCGCUCAGCUUGUCGAGCACAUCGAUGCCAAAACCUCGAUUCGGGCCAAGGGCAGCGCAUCUCUACCCACCUUUGUCGGCGUUGGAUUUGAUAUGCUUUUGCUCGAGCAGCAGAGCCUCACCAGAGCGGAGCAGGCGUUCUCGUUCGAGCACAUGAUCGCCUACGGAAGGCCGCUCUGGAGCUCGCUCGAACCUGGCUCCUUCUGGCCCACCGCCAUUUUGAAGCUACUCUGUUCCAACCAUUUCGACGUCAACAAUGCCAUGCACUGUUACAGCGUCAUGGCGUCUCGACUGGCGCUCAGCCUCGUGCCCACCCACUCGUCCCGUUCUGCCAUGUUUGCAAAACAAAAGCUCUUCAUGGCCCAGCAAGUCGACCGCCACAUGCGCAUCGUCACCCACGUCUCCGCCGAUGCUUCCAUGUACGUCAGAUCUCCCUCAGAGCCUGUACUCGCCGUUGCCGCCUCGCUCCUGAUGCUGCCGUCUGCCGAACAAGAGCGGCACUUUGUGAAGUUGCCGGAUCGGCUCGCCUCCAACACCUACGGCGCGAUCCUCGAAAGUUUCUGCCAACGGUGCCUCCAUGGCGCUGACGUCCCCCUGCACAAAGGUGUCAACGGCGAGCUCGCAUCUCGCAUCGCUUUGAUGGCGGCUUGCGAUGCCAUCAAGCGCCGGCGACUUGCCACUUUGGCGCAAGCUCGCGUCGACUCGCUGGUCGAGAUCAUCUCUGAGGCUGUACCCGUGGAUGACAUGCUGGCAGGCCUUGCGGACCUUGACGGUCGCAAUCGUGACCAGCUGCGCCAACGCAUCAGCGAUGUCCACGCUGCCGCUCUGCGCAUCUCUCAACGUGCCCUGCUCCGUGGUGCUUAUAGCCCCGAGACGAGCCGGGAUGUGCCGCAGGCAUGGACCCACUUUACGCACUUUGACGUGCUUGCAGAGCCAAUUUCGCAGAUCACGCCCGAAUACCUGUGGUACUGCUGGAAGCGCGGCGUGGCGUUGCAGAUGCAUCACGACCAGCACGGAAUCGACGGCAUCAUUCCCGUGUUCAUGGGUCGUCUCGACCAAGCUUUCACUCAGUCAGCAGCAGCGGAUGCCAACGAUGUCGACGAGAUGCACGCUGCGCGCUACAUGACCUACGUAGCUUGGGAGUCCAAGAAUCAGGCAACGGCGCAAGGUCAACCAAGCGAUCAGCAAAAAGCCGCCAAGCUUGCAGGCCCGCGCAUCACUCGCGCCUCGGUCGCCGCGCAGGAGGAGCCGCUGACCGAGCGCGCUCUCAUCAGCUUGCUGUUCGACAUGGGCACCACGUCGGCAUUCCAAGAGGCUCCUCGAAGCAUGCGACCGCGGCUGCUGCCGAUCGCGGGCCAGUCGUGUCUCCGCCUGGUGAUUCGCGGCAUGAGCGACGAGCAUGCCUACCCUUGCCUCGACGAGUUGAAGCUGCGCGACAUCUUUGGCAGUAUCGUGGCGAUUACGACCGGCGCUGGGUCGCACGAGCAAUUGAACGUGAUGCCCGACGCCAUGUGGAACGCGCACGUGCAGCCGGGGCUGGCUUCGAUCUCGGGAGCACAGGGGCAGCAGCAGCAGCAGCAGCAGCAGCAUGCGCAAGCUCAAGCUCGACGCCAUGGCACCAGCAUGGAUCUCGACUAA